AUGAAUUGUUAGGACUAAUGUACCAUAGUUUGGAGCGCCAGAACACAUGCUUCAGAGCAAGCAUCCAGCCUGCACAAAGAUUAUUAAUCACAUUAAGGUACCUAGCUACAGGAAAUUCAUUUGGAAGUCUCCACUAUGAGUUCAAGGUUGGAAAAUCAACUAUAUCUGGCAUUGUACAUGAAACAUGCCUUGUUUUAUGGAAUGUACUAAAACCAUUGGUCUUCAAAAAGCCUGCAAAAGAAGAUUGGUUGAAGAUAUCAGAUGAAUUCUGGGAGAGAUGUAAUUUUCCAAACUGUGUGGGAGCCAUCGAUGGCAAGCACAUACGCAUCCUGAGGCCAUUUGAUAGUGGGAGUCAGUUUUUUAAUUAUAAAAAAUAUUUUUCGUUUGUAUUAAUGGCAGUGGUAGAUGCCAAAUAUAAUUUCAUUUAUAUUGAUGUGGGUGCUUAUGGUAGCAGCUCGGAUUCUGGUGUAUUUAAUCAUUCCACAUUUGGGAGAAUGAUAAGGGCGAAUAGUCUGGAUUUACCUAACGAUUCCUCCUUGCCCGGAACAAAUGAGCCAGCCCUCCCAUUUGUUUUUGUAGGGGACGAAGCGUUUGCCCUUGGUAAAAAUCUUCUUCGACCAUUCUCAAGUAGAGCGCUGAGCAAUGAUAAAAGAAUAUUUAAUUAUCGGCUCACUAGGGCACGUCGAGUAGUAGAGUGUGCAUUUGGAAUUCUUGCCAAUAAAUGGAGAAUAUUGCACACCGCCAUCAAUCUCAGUUUGGAGCAUGCUGUCUCUGCUGUCAAAACUGCGUGUGCACUGCACAACUAUGUGCGAGAACGUGAUGGAAUUGAUUAUGAGGAUUCCAUGAUGCAUAACAUGGAGGCGGCACAGUGGAGUUUGACUAGGGGCACUAGCAGUGGGAAAUUGAUUCGAGAUCAAUUUCUUAAUUACUUUCUAUCGCCAGCUGGCGAGUUACCUUGGCAGAUGCAGGCAAUUUAAAACCAAAAAAUGUGGUGUUGUCAUUAAAAUAUAUGGCCCUUUAAAUAUUAAAACAUAAAAUACUAAGCUAAAAAUGUCACUAUG